CUGAGCAUACUAAGUAAGCAUGAUUGUAAUUCCUUCUCAGCUCUUUUUCUUUUUGUCUUUGUUUUCCAUUCCUUCUCUCUCAUCAGGAGCUAAUAAUAUUUUAGCUGUGAAUCAAUCUCUCACUGGGAACCAGACCCUUGUCUCUCCUGCAGAAAUUUUUGAAUUGGGUUUCUUUAAACCAGGUCAGUCUCCCAACUAUUACAUAGGAAUUUGGUACAAGAACAUCAGAACAACUUCUGAAACUGUAGUCUGGGUAGCAAAUAGAGAGACACCCAUCUCCGAUGCAUUCUCUUCUAAAUUACAAAUUGUCAAUGCUAACUUAGUGCUCUUAAACGAGUCAAACACCCAAAUUUGGUCUACAAAUAUAACCCCUACACCUACACCCACAACAUCUGCAUUAUCAGUAGUUCUUCUUGAUGAUGGUAAUUUAGUUUUGAGAUAUAAUUCGAGUUCAAGUUCAACCACACCAAUUUGGCAAAGUUUUGAUCAUCCAACCAAUACUUUCUUGCCUGGUGGCAAGUUUGGAUACAACAAGCGAACAAACACAAAGCAGAUUAUCACUUCAUGGAAAAGUACAGAAGAUCCUUCAAUGGGUCCCUUUUCUUUGGAGUUUGACCAAGAUGAGAAACAGUAUGUGAUUAAAUGGAAUAGAAGUGUAGAGUAUUGGACUAGUGGAUCUUGGAAUGGUAGAAUCUUUAGCGCUGUACCCGAAAUGAGUUUGAAUUAUAUCUAUAACUUCAGCUACGUUGACAAUGAAAACGAGAGUUAUUUUACAUAUUCUUUAUAUAAUCCAUCAUAUAUUUCAAGAUUUAUCAUACAUUUCUCAGGGCAGGUUCAGCAGCUGUCAUACUUGGAAACUACCGAGCAGUGGAAUUUAUUUUGGUCUCAACCUAGAAUGCAGUGUGAGGUCUAUGCUUUGUGUGGGGCUUUUGGGAUUUGCAGCCAAUCUGGAUUACCUUUCUGUAAUUGCUUGACUGAUUUUGAGCCAACAUCAGAGAGUGAUUGGAAUCAGAGUGACUUCUCCGGUGGGUGUGUGAGAAAAACCGAUUUGCAGUGUGGAAGAAUUGCUGAAAAGCCUGAUUUUCUCAUGAUUACAGUAGAGAAACUGCCUCCACAUAACUCUGUGGCAUUUGGGGGAGCCGAAGAAUGUCAUACCACCUGUCUAAACAAUUGCUCCUGUAAUGCUUACGCUUUUGUCGAUAAUCAAUGUUCAGUUUGGAAUGGAGAUCUCUUGAACCUCUUGGAAGACAAUGGCAGAGGGAAAACAAUCUAUGUCAAAGUUGCUUCUAAAGAUCUUCCACAUCACAAGAAGAGUAAUUCAGUCAACAUGGGUGCUGUUGUGGGGUUUGUAGGAGGUGUGGUUUUUGUUUUGGGUGUAAUUUUGGUCUUGAUCUUUAGAAAAAAGAGGAUAUCAUUAUCGGUGGGUAAGACGAGAAUGGAGGGAUCAUUGGUGUCAUUUGUCUACAAAGAUUUACAAAUUGCCACAAAAAGAUUCUCAGACAAAUUGGGAGAAGGUGGGUUUGGCUCUGUUUUCAAGGGGGUACUGCAUGAUUCGUCGAUUGUGGCAGUGAAAAAGCUGGAAAGCAUCAGCCAAGGAGAGAAACAGUUCAGGAGUGAAGUCAGCACAAUCGGUACUAUCCAACACGUUAAUCUUGUACGCCUUCGUGGGUUUUGUGCUCAAGGUAACAAUAAGCUGUUGGUGUAUGAUUACAUGACAAACGGUUCUCUGGACACCCAUCUUUUCCAUGGAAAGCAAGUUCUAAACUGGGAAACGAGGUAUCAGAUUGCACUUGGAACUGCAAGAGGCUUGGUUUAUCUUCAUGAGAAGUGCAGAGACUGUAUCAUUCACUGUGACAUAAAGCCAGAAAACAUUCUUUUAGAUGCCGAAUUCUGUCCGAAAAUUGCAGAUUUUGGUCUGGCAAAGCUUGUUGGUCGAGACUUUAGUAGGGUUUUGACAAGUACAAGGGGGACAAUAGGAUAUCUUGCACCAGAAUGGUUAUCAGGGGUGGCUAUCACAGCCAAAACAGAUGUUUAUAGCUAUGGAAUGAUGCUUUUUGAAUUGGUUUAUGGUAAGAGAAAUGCAGAAGCAUCUGAAGAUUCAAGGAGUAAAUACUUCCCUGGUUUGGUUGCAAAUGUUCUUAUACAUGGAACUGAUAUCCUUAGCGUACUAGACAGCAGGUUAAACAGGGAAGCUUGUGUUGAAAAAGUGACAAAAAUAUGCAAAGUUGCGUGUUGGUGCAUCCAAGAUGAGGAAGAAAGAAGGCCCACCAUGAGUAUGGUGGAACGUAUUCUUGAAGGUGUUUUGGAUGUGGACAUGCCUCCGAUACCCAAGAUCUGUGACUAUUAUUGUUGAUUGAUAGCACAUACAUUGUAGUCAGUCACAUUGGAUGUGCUGAUUUCCAGUCCAAGACUUAUACUCUUCAAGGCAAUUAAUUCCCUUUAUUUUCCAUGUUAUAUUAAAUAUUAGACAUAAUAUCGUUGUAAAAUAAAUGAGUCGGUGAUCUCUUAACCUUUCAAAUAAUAAGCCGGUUGGUUGGUACUGAAGUGAAAA